UCGUCCCCACUUCUUCUCUAGGGUUUUCCCACUCCGAAUCCCAACUCCGGCGACUGGCGGCUGGCGGCGGGAAGAAAAGAAAAGAAAUGGGGGAUGAGACGGCGGCGCUGCAGUCGGUGAGCGAUCUCCCCGUGCAGGACCCGCCCGGGGAGGAGUUCUCCGCCGCCGACCUCUGGUGGGCCAAGUACGCCAGCUCCGAGCACCACUGCGAGGACGUCGCGCUCAUCCCCUACGAGCGGCUGGGGGCCUUCAUCAGCGGCGAGUGCAACAACCCCGAGUACCCCACCAGGUUCCACAUCGAGCGCAGCCGCAAGCGCAAGAGGGGCGACCUCAAGGAGUUCAGGAGCGACGAGUACCUCAAGUACCGACUGUACUGGUGCUCGUUUGGCCCAGAGAACUACGGGGAGGGAGGGGAGAUCCUGCCCAGCAGGAGGUACAGGGUCAACACGAGGAACCGCGCGCCUCGCCCGCAGUCCAUGCGAGGCUGCACCUGCCAUUUCGCGAUCAAGCGGCUCUACGCCCGGCCUUCGGUGGUGCUCAUCAUCUACCACGAGAGGCGCCAUGUCACCAGGUCUGGCUUCGUGUGCCACGGACCCCUGGACCGGGACGCCAUCGGGCCUCGCGCCAGGAAGGUGCCGUAUGUCGGGAGCGAGAUUCAGCAGCAGACCAUGUCGUUGAUUUACCUCGGUGUCCCCGAGGAGAACAUCCUGCAGGCGCAUAUAGAAGGGAUACAGCGCUACUGUGGCUCGGAUGCGAAGGUCGAUAGCCUCGCCUCGCAGUAUGUCCACAAGCUUGGGAUGAUCAUCAAGAGGUCUACGCAUGAGCUGGAUCUUGAUGACCAGGCUAGCAUCAAGAUGUGGGUAGAUAGGAACAAGAAGUCUGUGUUUUUCCACCAGGACUCGACCGAGACUGAUGCGUUCGUGCUGGGGAUCCAGACAGAAUGGCAACUGCAGCAGAUGAUACGCUUUGGUCACCAGAGUAUCUUGGCCUCUCAUUCCUCAUUUGGUGUAAGCAAGCUCAAGUAUCCAUUGCACACACUUCUCGUAUUCGAUUCAAGACAACAGGCUCUACCUGUUGCGUGGAUUAUAACCCGAUCAGUUACCAAGGAGGAUACUUUGAGAUGGAUGAAAGCACUCACUAGUAGAAUACAUUCUGUUGACGCCACCUGGAGAAUUGGCGGAUUUAUAAUUGACGACCCAACCUCCGAGAUGGACCCAAUCAGGAAUGUGUUCUCCUGUCCAAUUUUAUUUUCUUUAUGGCACAUAAGGAGAACUUGGUUCAAAAAUAUAAUCAAGAAAUGUAGCAACACUGAGGUGCAACGAGAAAUUUUUACACGACUAGGAAAAUUUAUGUACAGUAUCUGGAAUGAGAAAAACCCCAUGGAUGCGCUGGAGCAAACAUUUCAAGACUUUGUUGACCAAACCACGUUCAUACAAUAUUUCAAGUCAUUUUGGGUCCCCAAAUUGGAGAUGUGGAUUGAUACCAUCAGAAACUUGCCGCUAGCAAGUCAGGAAUCCUGUGGUGCAAUUGAGGGUUACCAUCUAAAGCUCAAGCUUAAAGCAUAUGAUGAUUCACAACUCGACGCUCUCCAACGUGUCGACUGGUUGGUUCACAAGCUCACAACAGAGCUGCAUUCAGGCUACUGGCUCAACUUAUAUGCAGAUGAGAGUGGUUCAUUUCCUCAGGUGAAAGCGGAGUACAUUGCAUCCACUUCAUGGCAAAGGGCGAUGCAGAUACCCGAUGAGGAUGUUCUCUUUGAUGACCAAGAACCUCUUUCAGCCAAGGUGGCAAGCCAGAAGGAUGCUAGUCAAAAGCGGACUGUAUGGAAUGCUGGAUCUGAAUUCUCUCUGUGCAGUUGUUCGUGGUCAAUGCAGGGUAACUUAUGUAAGCACGUCAUAAAGGUUAAUAUGAUGUGUGCACCACGCAAGGAUUUCCAGCCCUCCUUAUCAUUUCAGUCGUUUCAGCGUGUCCUACUUGAUCUGUGGCAAAAACCACUGGAUGAUUCAUUCUCACUGGAUCUGUCGAUGGCAUGGGUUAUGCAAAUGCAGGAGAGGAUCCAAAAAGUGGCUGAGCUUGCAACAUCUGAUGGCAUUGCCCAAGUUGCAGGCAAAUUGCCAAUUCAGUGGGUGCACAAGAAAGGGAGAAGAACAGCUGCUAGACGAACUAGCCCCUUGCGUCUUCUUCCUCAUUCCAACUGCAGUGUUCAAAGAGAUUUGACUCCGAAAAAGAACAGGAAGAGGAGAAGGUUGGCCACCUUUUCAGGCUAACUACCGUUUGUUAUUGGCCAGGGAAUAAUUUUUCUCACUGUAAUUAGGCAACUAACUGCGACUUGUUUAUUUUCUAUUUCUUCUGUUACGUUUGGCUGAGAAAACUCACUUAGCUAGUUGUAAUCAGAUUGAUUUAGGCCUUAGAUCGUCUCACCUUCAGGGACCAAUCUUGGGAGGAUUAUGUGGAUACGAUUUUUCAGAUAGUAAUAGUUCAGUUCAAGCGGAUGAGUUAUUUGCUA